CCAUAACUUCCUGUUCCCAUUCGAGUGUGCGCCGUGGUCGACUUCAAUCCUUCGAGCUUCGACGUCGCGUCGACCUCGACUUCACUCCGACGUAGUGGCGAGCUCCCGGCUUGGACAAGGCUGUAUGUUUGCCUCCAUGAACGCUGCCUGCUGUGCGCAUCGCGGAGGUCUGCCCUCCCGCAGAGAGAGAGACGCAUAGAAGCGGCUUGCACAGAGAGAGAGAGAGAGAGAGAGAGAGAGAGAGAGAGAGAGAGAGAGAGAGAGAGAGAGAGAGAGAGAGAGCCGGGCCAACCACGGUAGGAGAUCGACACGUCGCAGGAGCGCCCGGGCGCCCGGGCAACUCGGAGCGGCCGGCGAAGUAGGGGCUGCUGCACACGUGGCAGGCAGCGCUGGUGUCUUGCGCGCAUGUACUUGUCUUUUUUUUGGCCGUCAACACCGCUCCACGACUUGCCGUCGUGUCUGGUGCUGUUGUGAUCGGUCGGAGUCCCGACCGGGCCAGUAACUGUUGUCGUUGUGAUCGGUCGGAGUCCCGCCGGGGCCCGUAACUGUUGUCGUCAACACUGCUCUUCCUCGUCGACGUAGCUGCUUUUGUUUUUUUUCAAACCGGGAGCGCCAUAGCCGGAUCUUUGACCAGCAGCGCCAUAGCCGAACCACAAGGGGGGACCAGCAGCGCCAUAGCCGGAGGAUAUUAAGCGUACCCUCAUUGUGGGUGGUGGGAACGCUGAAAUCAUGGCGCAAGCUAAACCAGCCACGGUCAAAACAGCCCUCAACCCUAGCGCAUUUGUAUCUUUCAAGCUACAGGAAGUUGUGACGUUGAACCACAACACGAAAUUGUUCAGGUUUGAAAUCCCAGAAGAUACGGAACUUGGGCUUUCUGUGGCUUCAUGUGUGGUCACCAGGGCGGAAGUCGGUGUGGGUGAGAAUGGCAAACCAGAAGUGGUUAUCAGACCGUAUACUCCGGUAUCCGACCCAGCCCAGAAGGGCUUUUUCGAGUUGCUUAUCAAGGUGUAUCCGAAUGGGAAAAUGACGCAGCAUAUGAAUAACCUUGUCCCCGGAGAUACACUUGAUGUCAAGGGACCAAUUACCAAGAUCCCCUACACAGCAAACAUGAAGAAGCGAAUUGGCAUGAUUUGUGGUGGUAGUGGUAUUACGCCCAUGUUUCAGGUUCUUGACCGCAUUGCAAAAACCCCUGAGGAUACGACUCAGSUAUGAGAGGACAUCCCGUUCUCCUUUUUUAAGUUAUUUUUUCUUAUUACCUCUCCCCUUCAUUUUACAAUA